CUCCGAUGAAAACUCCUCAUGGUGUGUAAACCAGCAGUUGGACAGACAGAUGGGGACAGACAUGUUGAGGCUGGUGUUGGUGCUGCUGUUGGUUUGGACAUGGACGAGCUCAGCGCUGGUCAGGGUUCCUCUGAAGCGGGUGCGUUCGGUUCGUUCCCAGCUGCGAGCCGACGGCCUGCUGCAGGAGUUCCUGACGGAUCACCGCCCCGACAUGUUUAGCCGGCGCUACGCUCAGUGCUUCCCGCCCGGCACCCCGUCACUGCGGCUCGGACGCUACAGCGAGAAGAUCUACAACUACAUGGACGCUCAGUAUUAUGGUGAAAUCACUCUCGGGACUCCAGGGCAGAACUUCUCUGUGAUUUUUGACACUGGCUCAUCCGACCUCUGGGUGCCGUCAUCCUACUGCGUCAGCCAAGCCUGUGCGUUGCACAGACGCUUUAGGGCGUUUGAGUCCUCUUCGUUUCGUCAUGACGGUCGGAUGUUUGGGAUUAACUACGGAUCAGGACACCUGCUGGGAGUGAUGGCCAGAGACACACUGAAGGUUGGGGGUGUGACCGUCCUGAACCAGGAGUUCGGAGAGUCAGUCUACGAGCCUGGUGCCGCAUUUGUAAUGGCGAAGUUCGAUGGCGUUCUGGGGAUGGCGUACCCGUCCCUGGCAGAGAUCCUUGGAAACCCCUUUUUUGACAACAUGAUGACGCAGAAGACAGUGGAGGAGAAAGUCUUCUCCUUUUACCUCAACAGGAAAACAAGUAGUGGCAACCCACAAGGCGAACUGUUGCUAGGCGGAACAGACGAGGCGUUGUACAGUGGACCAAUCAACUGGCUUCCUGUGACUGCUAAGAGAUACUGGCAGAUUAAGAUGGACAGCGUGGCUGUGCAGGGUAUGAAUUCGUUCUGUCCUAAUGGUUGCCAGGCGAUCGUAGAUACUGGAACCUCCCUCAUCGCCGGACCAACCAAUGACAUCCUCAGCCUUCAGCAGCUGAUUGGAGCUUCUCCCACAAACAUUGGAGAGUACCUCAUCGACUGUGUCCGGCUGUCCAGUUUGCCUCAUGUGACAUUCGUUUUGGGAGGAAAAGAGUACACACUGACUUCUGAGCAAUAUGUCAGGAAGGAGAUGCUCGGCGACAGGGAGUUGUGUUUCAGCGGUUUCCAGGCUGUGGACAUUGUUACCCCCGAAGGCCCCCUGUGGAUUCUGGGAGAUGUAUUUUUGACAGAGUUCUACAGCAUCUUCGACAGAGGACAAGACCGGGUCGGCUUGGCCACUGCUAAGCACUAAUCCAUCAGUUAUUAAUGGCUGACAACUGCAUGACCAAUAAAUAUGAUACAGUUAAAAUGACCUUCACAGCU